AUGCUACCGCACUCCUUUGCUGCCGUCUUCAUGGUGCCCUUCGCCGCUGCGGCGUCGGGGGGAGUGACGGUGCUCUUCCAAAAUGACGGCAAUUGGACGAGUCAUGCUGAGAAGCCGAGCGCACUGCUGGUUCACCGCCAAUCCAGCUUCGAAGACGCCGUGGCAACAUGCAACUCUCAAGAUGAAGCCUUGCUCGGCUGUGGUCAAAUACAGCAUUUCCAUGAGCAGCUGAACUACCAGAAGUUCAUUGGCAACAUCCAGGACGACGAGCUGUUUUGGACCGAUUGCAGCGAAUCAUCGCUGGUGUCAUGGAGUGGCGGAUCCACGUCUGCCGCGAGCAACGACUCCGGCCUGCACUACUUUCUCUGUACCAACAGCGCUCCCAUUGUCGACAAGGUAGACACCGACUUCUCCGUCUACCCUCGCGUCAACGUCUCGGCAAACGGCACCACUUUCGAGGGUCUCCGCGACCACAUGGCUUUCCGAUUUCUGGGCGUCCCCUUCGCCCAGCCUCCAGUGGGGAAUCUCCGUCUCAAGUACGCCCAGCCGUGGACGGGAUCGUUCGUGGACGCGACCGAGUACCGCGCCGCCUGCAUCCAGACCGGGUGGUAUGACGGGAAUGCCUACGGGCUGAAUCCGUGGGGAAACAGCGAGGACUGCCUGUACCUCAACGUCUUCACCCCCGGGCUUCCCGAUCCUGCCGCCGCCGCCAACGAAGCGCAAACGCUCAAGCCCGUGAUGUUCUGGAUGCACGGCGGCGCGAUGAAGACCGGCACGGGCAGCGACGCCACUUUCGACGGCGCCAGCCUGGCCAGCCGCUCCGACGUCGUGGUCGUCGCCAUCAACUACCGCCUGAGCAUCUUCGGCUACCUGGGGCUCGACGACGCCAUUCCCGGCAACUACGCGACGUCGGACAAGAUCGCAGCUCUCCAGUGGGUCAGGGACCACAUCUCGGCAUUCGGGGGAGAUCCAAGCAGCGUCACCAUCUUCGGGCAGUCGGCCGGCGGCGGAUCCGUCAUCGACCUGAUCGCCUCCCCCAGGGCCGAAGGCCUCUUCCACGCCGCCAUCAUCCAGUCCGGCGGCAAGGGGUGGGCGCAGGCUCGGGCCGACGCCGCCGCCGCCAUCGAGCCCUACAUCCGACCGCUGUGCAACCAGACAGGCACCGCCCGGCUCGAGUGCCUCCAGGCGCUGCCGGCCGACACCCUGUUCAACCUCACUUCCCAGGGCGGCAGCUGGCAGACCGUCAUCGACGACGACUACACGCUCGACAUACCCAUCGCCCAGGUUUCCAAAGGCCGGCAGUCGAUCAACUCGGUCAAGGUGAUGCUGGGAUUCAUGCCGGAGGAGGGCCAAUCGCUCCUCGAGCUCGAGCUCGGGCCCAACCUCACCACCUUCAGCGACGGGCUCGGCGUCCUGGUGGAGAAUGGCCGAGCCACCCAGGAACAAGCCGACGCGGUCCUGGACUCCGGGCUGUGGGUGGUCGGCAACGGAUCGUCGUCGACCGGCGGGGGGAGCACGACGUACCCGGACGCGUACAACGCCAGCAUCAGCAUCGUCUCGGACCUCGUCCUGACCUGCGGCGGCAGCCAGUUCGCUUCCGUCGGCGCCGCUUCAGCCGCCUUCGAGGCGAUGUGGGUCUACAGCCUGGAGCGGGCGUACGCUUUGUCGUACUACAACUGGUACGACGCCUGCACCUUCCCCGUGGGCGAGCCCGACACGCCGUACUACCGCUGUCACUCGGGCGAUCUGUACGAGGUGUUCGGCACCUACUACCUGUUCGACCGGCCGGUGCGGGUUGCGGAAGACAUCUACUUCACGAACGCCGUGCAGGACAUGUGGGCGUCGUUUGCGCGGGCGGGGAACCCGAACGUCGAUGUGGCGUAUCUCGAGGCGAGGGGAUACAACAGUACCAUUGAGCUGUUUUCUUCGUGGGAGUGGCCGGAAUUCAACACGUGGAGUCCGCGGGUGGCGUCGAUUCAGUACCCCCAGUCGUCUGUCACAACGCUUCCCGAACAACAGCACUGCAAGGUGCUCUUGCCACUGAUCUCGUAA